AUGCCAAGAAGAACAAACUUGGAGGAAAUAACUAAUGUUUCUGAUCCAAGAGAUUUCCUUCAAACGACCAUACCCGAACUGACAGAUAUAGAUACUUUGCUGCGAUGCCAUAUUUGCAAAGACUUUUUGAAAACGCCGGUUCUGACUCCUUGUGGCCAUACAUUCUGUUCGCUGUGCAUUAGAGAGUAUUUGAAGCGAGAGCUCAAGUGUCCAUUGUGCUUAGCCGAGCUACGAGAGUCAAUGCUAAAAAGCGAGUAUUUGGUCAACGAAAUAGUAGCGAGCUAUGGAGAAGUACGAACCAAGCUAUUAGAAACUCUCAGCGUGGUCAGAAGUCUAUCCACGGGCGACCAUAAUGACAGUUCACUGAUCGAACUUCCAGAUGGUCGUAAUAGCGUUGCCACACACAACAAAAAUAGCAGUCACAAACAUUUCGAUGUCGAGGAUGAUGAGGAUCUUCAAAUCAUAGAAACUCGAGAUAAUUUACCACUGUCAAAACGAGGCAUCCAGGAUAUUACCACUGCGCACAAAAAACCACGGAAAGACUCUUCUAAAUCGGGAAUAGCAUCUUUACUGAAUAAGGCCAAGAGUCCAGAUCCCCGUCAAGACUUGGCCAACUGUCCAAUCUGUGUAAAAUCUUUUCCAGUCGAUUUUCUUCAAAGAACACACUUGGAUGAAUGCUUGUCGGUCGGGGCAGUUGAUAUGGAGACGGCUGACUCCAAUAAUUUACCGCAAGAGUCCAUUGUUCAAAGCGCUAAAAUAGAUUCGAGCGUACCGAGGCAAAGCUUACCGUCUCUUGAGACACCUACUAACUUGCAUUUCAACCGGUACUUAGAAUCGUCAUCCAACGCUUCGGUUACAAGGCUUGCCAAGCUCAACUUUUCAUCCAUGAGCUUGCAACAGCUCAAAGCCAAACUCUCUGCUUUAAAAUUGCCAACGACUGGUUCGCGGCAACAAAUGAUUAAUCGUUACAAUCACUACGAAAUGCUGUGGAACAGCAAUUACCUUGACGCCAUCAACCCGGUCGAUGAAAGAGAGUUGCGUAGACGUCUCGCCAAUUGGGAAAGUAGCCAUAAUUGCGCCUCAGACUUGACACAAAAUGCCGGUGCAAUAUCCAGAUACCUAAAUAAGAACCCGAUGAAAGAUUUUAGGACGGAUAAAUUCGACAGGAGAGGUUGGAUGCUAGCUCACCGGCGCAUAUUCCGUAGACUGAUCAAAGAGGCGAAAGAUGGUCUCCAAUACUCAGAAAGCACUGACAAGAGAGCUGAAGAACAUAAUUCAUACGAUACCUGUCACAACGAUAGCUCCAUUAAAGAUCCAGAUGUAAUACCCAGCAACCAAUUGGUUACGAAACCCAAUCCAGUUGCUUUCUCAAGUCAGAAAUCAACAGAAACUUGA